AUGAUCUUCUCCCCUCUCGUCGCCAUCUCCCUCGCCAUUCUCCCCGCUGCUGUCAGCGCAUAUCCUAUCAGCGGAGACACGGUGAACUGCCGUUCGGGACCUGGCACUGGCUACGACGUUGUCAAGACCUACAAAAAGGGUCAGGACGUCUCGAUUACCUGCCAAGCUACCGGCACGGACGUCAAGGGCGACACCCUGUGGGACAAGACCUCAGACGGCUGCUACGUGACCGACUUCUACGUGAAGACCGGGUCAAGCAGCUACGUAACAAAGAAGUGCGACAGUGGCAGUGGGAGCGGUGGCGGCAGCUCCGGCUCUGGCUCAUCCAUCGUCGCCGCCGCCGAGAAGGAGAAGGGCCUUCCCUAUGUCUGGGGUGGCGGUGGCUGCGAUGGGCCUUCUGGUGGUGGCUUCGAUUGCUCCGGUCUGACUCAAUACUCCCUCUGCCACGCCCUGAAGAAGAAGAUCCCCCGUACUGCGCAGACGCAGUAUGAUGCUACUAGCCAGGGCAAGCGCAUUCCCCGCGCCGAGGCCAAGGAGGGCGAUCUGAUUUUCUGGGGUGAGAACGGAAACUGCAAGACCGGCGUUGCUCAUGUCGGUAUCUUCAUUCGGGAAGGGUGGAUGAUUAAUGCUGCGCACACUGGGACUCCCGUCCGUGAGCAGGCUAUCUGGACUUCGUCUGGCGGCGAGAGUAUUUGCCCUUAUGCUAUGAGGUAUGAUGUUCAUGGCCCUUUAGACAAGGGAUAA